GCGUCUGCGCAGAGCGCAUUUGUCCCUCUUCCUCCUUGAUUAGUGGUUUGAUCCACUGGAGGCCGAGGCAACGAGCGGACGCUACUAUUUCACUCCUUUCGAGGGGAGGUCCGGCCCGCCGGAUGUGACGUAAAGUUUAUCUCUGAGGCGGAGCGAGCUAGGGGAGUGGCCUCGGCUCCAGCUGCGACUAUGGAGGAGGCUGGUUACCGGGUGGUGUUCGAGAAGGGCGGAGUGUUCCUGCACACGAGCGCCAGGGGGCGGCACCAGGACCCGGGCUCCCUCAUCGCUGGCGUACUGCGCCUGCUCGAGAAGGACAAUGACGUCAUCCUGCAUUGGGCCCCAGUGGAAGAGGCUGGAGACUCCUCCCACGUGGUCUUCUCUAGGAAGGAGCCUGGUGGGGGAGACCCCUGUCCCUCAGAGGAAGAGCCAACCUUUGACCCUGGCUAUGAGCCUGAUUGGGCUGUGAUCAGCACUGUGCGCUCCCGGCCCCGGCCCCCUGAGCCUGACCCAGCUGCAGGGUUAGGCAGCUCCCGGGGUCCCUGGGCCUUCUCGGUGAGCCUGGGGGAGCUGAAGUCGAUUCGGCGCUCCAAGCCAGGCCUGGGCUGGGCCUAUCUGGUGCUGGUGACCCAGGCGGGAGGCUCCUUGCCAGCUCUCCACUUCCACCGGGGAGGCACGCGGGCCUUGCUGCGGGUUCUCAGCCGCUACCUGUUGCUGGCCAGCUCCCCCCAGGACUCACGCCUCUACCUCGUCUUCCCUCACGACUCUUCUGCCCUCUCCCACUCAUUCCAUCAUCUCCAGCUGUUCGAUGAUGACAGUUCCAAUGUGGUGUCUCGUUUCCUCCAGGACCCUUAUGCAGCCACCUUUGGUGGUUUUUCACGGGUGACCAACUUUUUUCGGGGAGCCCUUCAACCUCCCCCUGAUGGCCCCCCUGUCAGCUGUCCCGAGGCCCUGGAGGAUGAGGAGCCAGAGCCUGGUUUUGAGGUCAUCUCUUGUGUGCAGCUGGGGCCCCGGCCCGUGGUUUCCCGGGGGCAGCCCGUGACAGAGGACAUCUGGGCCAGCCACGUGGGCCCAGAUGGGCGCCUUCAGGAUAUUGGGGAGCUCAAGGCUCAGAUCUUCUCAGGGGGCUUGUGCCCCUCUUUGAGGAGAGAGGCCUGGAAGUUUCUUCUUGGUUAUCUCAGCUGGGAUGGCUCAGCUGAGGAGCACAAGGUCCACAUCCAUAGGAAAACGGAUGAGUAUUUCCGUAUGAAGCUGCAGUGGAAGUCAGUGAGCCCUGAGCAGGAAAGGAGGAACUCAUUGCUCCAUGGCUAUCGCAGCCUUAUCGAGCGUGACGUGAGCCGUACUGACCGCAGCAACAAGUUCUAUGAGGGGCCUGGGAAUCCAGGCCUGGGCCUGCUCAAUGACAUCCUCCUCACGUACUGCAUGUAUCACUUUGAUCUUGGUUAUGUCCAGGGUAUGAGCGAUCUUCUCUCUCCCAUCCUCUAUGUCACUCAGAACGAGGUUGAUGCCUUUUGGUGUUUCUGUGGCUUCAUGGAGCUUGUGCAUGGAAACUUUGAGGAGAGUCAGGAGACAAUGAAGCGUCAGCUUGGCCAACUCCUGCUGCUGUUGCGGAUCCUGGAUCCUCCACUCUGUGAUUUCUUGGACUCCCAGGACUCUGGCUCUCUUUGCUUCUGUUUUCGAUGGCUGCUCAUCUGGUUCAAGCGUGAAUUCCCAUUCCCUGACAUCCUCCGUCUGUGGGAGGUGCUGUGGACCGGGCUCCCAGGCCCCAACCUGCACCUGUUGGUGGCCUGUGCCAUCCUCGACAUGGAGAGAGAUGCGCUCAUGCUCUCUGGCUUUGGCUCCAACGAGAUCCUCAAACACAUUAACGAACUUACUAUGAAGCUGAGUGUGGAAGAUGUCCUGACCCGGGCCCAGGCAUUGUAUAUGCAGCUGACGGCCUGUCAGGAGCUGCCCCCCAAUGUGCAGGAGGUCCUGGGCCUGAGCCCGGCCCCAGCUUCCAGCCCAGGUAGCCCCUCUCCCUCAGGCUCACCGCUGCCGCUGUCACCACCCCCAGCCCCUGAAGCCCCGUCCUCUGUUUUGGGGGCUCCUUCGUCUACUCCCCAGCCUGACAGCAGCCUGGAGAUCCUGCCUGAGGACUCAGGGCCAGACCCCUAAGUGUUCUCUCCUGACGUGGUCCUCACUGACUCUGCUCCCAUCCUUCCCGCACAUGCACUUUACCCCUUCCUUUCUCUUGUCCAUCACCAAAGCUCUGGUCCCUUCUCCUUGGACCCCUAACCUGGGGCGAGGGAGCUGGGGCUCACAUCCUCACCAGACUUCUUGUGGGUGCGGGUGAAUCUUGUCCUCCCCUCCCAGGAGGGCACUUUCUUUCUGCCCAUUAAACGGGGUCACUUUGAUGCUCA